AUGGAGGCAGGCACCCCCUGGACCUCACUGCCCUCGGGCCACCAGGCGUCGACGGUCCGCAUUGUGCGCUUGCCCUCCUCCCCAGGUUGUGCGACGGACGACUGGCGGGAGCGCAUCAGGGACGAGGUGCGCCGCCACAGCUUCGCCCUCCUCAGUUUUGUCGACGACCACCACGAAGACCACGAAAAAGGAGCCGAGGAAGAAGAGCGUAAAGUACGACGAAAAAGUCUGCACCAACUGCUGGCCGACCACCGCGAGCGCGUGCGGCCGCAGUUCUUCGACCAGCCGGCCAGCGCUAAGCGGCGCCUCGACCCGGACGUCUUCGCCGCCCUCACGGCCGCGGCUGCCGAGGCAACAAAGAACGAAGGCAACGCUGCGGCGGCCCGUGGGUCCGAAAGAGCGAAGCUGACCGGCCGGCUGGGCGACACGGGCUACUGCCUGCGGGAGGGCAUCAAGGAGCAGCUCCAGGUGCGUCUCGGCCAGCGCAUGCCCUGGCCGACCGCCGUCAACGAAGAAGAAGAAGACGGAAGUGGUGAUGGUGGUAUGAUGAAGGAGGAGAUGGAGGCCCUGUUCGAGAUGCUCGAUUGCGUGGGCCGGCGCUGUGCGUCGGCGCUGGUGGCGGACGGCGCGAGCGCGCGGCUUCAGGCGAUGCUCGACCCGUCGCCCGACCACCUCCGCGACAUCCUCCACGCCGCCUCCAAAGAACGAAGCGACGAAGACGAAGGCUGCAGCGCCGACUACACGAGCUCCUCCGUGAUGACCCUCACCCACUACUUCAACACCGACCAGGGUCCGGAGGAACCGUGUCGGGCGCACGGGGACGCCGGCCUGCUGACGCUGGUCGUGGACCCGACGCCCGGCCUGCAGCUGUUUGACCCGUGCGGCGCCAAGUGGUUGGACUGCGCCGACCUCGCGCCGCUCGAGCAGGCGCAGGGCGUGCGGGUCGACGCGGUGCUGAUGAUCGGCGAGGCCCUCCAUCGCUUCACUCAGGGAGGCGUGGGGGUGACGUCGCACCGGGUGGUGAACACCGGCCAGCCGCGCAGCUCCACGGUCUUCAAGCUCCGGCCGCGCCCCGACGUCGUUGGACCGCGCACCGAGGCCGACUACGCCCUCCUCCUGCUCCAGCAGCCGGUGGUGACGCAGCUGAAGCGACGGGAGGAGGAGGCGGUGGCGUUGUGGCAAGAGACCGGGUUCGACGUGUUAGUCCACGUGUUGGGCUUCCUGCGGGACGAACGCGACGUACUGUGGCGCCGCAUCGUGGCCCGCCUGAGCCGCGAGCUGGGCCUCGACCUGGUUGCCCGCUACGCGGCCAAACGCGAAAGCGAAAGCGAGGACGUGGACAAGAACGAAAACGAAAAAGAAAGAGAACGCGAAAGCGAAGAGGCCGAAGUGGUCGACUACAAGCGCCUCUACGUCGAGUACGUACGGGAGUUGCAGGCCAGCGCCGGCCAUCUGAAGGACAUGCACGAGGCCCAAGACUUCUACCUCAACCAAGUGCAUCUACCGCCACUGGGCUCGUCCUAUACCUCCCUCAAGAUCGUCACCGUCGGCUCUGGCGCGGUGGGGAAGACGUCGAUGCUGGUGACCUUCGCCUCGGGUUCGUUCCCACAGGAAUAUAUCCCGACCGUGUUCGACGAGUGGACGGGAAACCUCAGGGUUGACGGCAACGUGGUCUCCUUCGGGCUCUGGGACACUGCCGGCCAGUCCGAAUACGAUCGGUUGCGUCCGCUGUCGUACCCGCAGACGGAUUGCUUCUUCAUGUGCUUCGCCGUCAACGACCGCGCGUCGUUCGCCGAGGCCCGCGACAAGUUCGUGCCCGAGGUGCGCCUGCAUUGCCCGUCGGCGCCCAUCAUCCUCGUCGGCACCAAGGCCGACCUGCGCGACACCGACGACGCCCUCUCUCUCGUCCCCGUUGCCGAAGGUGUGGCGUUGGCGCAGGAGCUGGGGCUGUUGAUGUACGUGGAGUGUUCAAGCAAGGCGAACAGCAACGUGCAGGAGGUGAUCCACCUGGGCAUCAAGGCGCCCCUUCUCAAGGCCGCCGGUCUCCUCCGCCUCCACCACACCAACAGCGGCGGCGGCGGUGGCGGCAAGGCCAAGAAGACGAAGAAGAAGGCGGGCAAGCGCGACCAGUGCUCCAUGCAAUGA